CAAGUACUGGGAUACUACAGUCCUGACGCCCAAGUUGCGUUCGAUCAUAGCCUCAAAUAAACGUGCGCAGAUGUAUAUGGACUCGCUCGAGCUCCUCGCGUUCGGGUCUGGAGGAUUGCUGUGGGGACAUUCCGUUGCUAGCGAGUUCGAAAACCGUCACGGCUACUCGAUCGUCCCUUAUCUACCCUUCAUGGUAUGUGCAGCCCCCAUGAUGGCUUCCAGUACCAAGUGGAAGUACGACCCGGUCGUAGCGGUAGAUAUCACUACUGUGCGCAAGGUCCGGUUCGACCUGCUGCAUACGUUCACCGAUCUGUACAUCGAGCAUACUUUAAGGCCUUUCCGAACUUAUCUCAACUCCGUAGGGAUUCAGUUGAGAGCGGAGAUCAGCUACGGUUUGCCGUUCGAGCUUAGCCGUCCGGGGACAGAGGUGGACGGGAUAGAGACAGAGUCGCUCGAAUUUGGCUCGCAGAUCGAUGGUUACCGACUGCUCGCCGGAGUGGCCCAUACGUUCGGAAAGCAGUUCUCUUCAGAGACCGGGGCGGUCGCCCGCAAUCACAUCAACUCCCAUCAAUUCUAUGACCAGAUCAUGGCGACGCAAUUUGCAGCAGGAAUCAGCAAGACCGUCCUACACGGGUGGGCCAGCGUAGCCGGGGCACCCGGUACCGAGUGGCCUGGACACGAGGGCAUGUGGGCAAUCUUCGGUGAACGGUUCGAUGCGAGGCAGCCCGGGUCCGACUUCUACUCCUUGUGGUGCCAAGCGAUGGGUCGUAUCCAGUAUCUGCUGCGCCAAGGGAAACCAAGGAUCGAUGUGGCGAUCUUGCGCACCGAUCAUCUGGUCGACAACACCUGUGGAAUAGCCACCAAGGGCGACGAUGGCUUCGUCCACGUCGACGAAGAAGUGUACGAGAAUUGGUGGAUGCGCAACCGUCAGAAUUUCUGGUGGCAGGAUCUGGGUAUGCAGGACGCAGGCUGGUCUUACGAGUUCCUGGAUGGUGAACUUUUGCUUCGGCCUGAAAUAAGCUUUGCUGAAGGUCUCCUUCAACCCGGAGGGCCGGGCUACCAAGCGGUCAUCAUUUAUCAGGAUUCCCUGAAUCCGGACGUCGCCAAACAGCUGGUGAGAUGGGCCCGAGGAGGUCUUCGGAUUCUGCUAGUCGACAACGUUGCCGAGCUUGUCCUCCUACGGGAGCGACGUUAUCACAAGAAUGCGGCAGCGGCGUCCUCCACGCAGGGCCUUGAUGGGAGAGACGAGGAAUUGGCAGAAACCAUCGAAACCCUCCUUUCCCUUCCCAACGCUCGCCGCAUUACCGAUCCUAGGGACACAAUGUCUACGUUGGUAGAGCUCGGAGUUCGUGGUCGAGCCGAAUUUGUCGAGCCCGACAUCAACAUCUUGACACAUCUCAGGGACGACGGGGAUGUUCAGCAUCUCUACCUUUAUCACUUCCUAUACAAGAACGGAUCCGCUACCGAUGUCACUGUAUCACUGGACGGCGCCUGGGAGGUUCAACGUGUAGAUCAUUGGAGUGGAAGGAUCCUGGAUGACGUCGAGAGCAAUCACGCUGACGGUCGGACCACAGCUACUCUUCGCAUGCACCCAGGUCAAGUCACGGUCUUGACCACAAGGCGGGUGGCCGGAACAUCCGUCUCUUCUAAGAACAGCGCGAAUCAGAGAACAAUGGCAGUGACAGGCGAUUGGGACUUGACCGUCGAAGAUUGGGAUGCUGGCGAGUCGGAGGUGAUCACCGAAGAUCGCGGUCUCGGGUACGUCACCAAGGAAGAGAGGCCCGUGACGAAGAAAACCAUGAUCCACGUUGGCGAGACGGCGCUCUUGCCUUGGCUACAGUUGGAGGCCGUGGGACCUCAGGUCUCCGGAAUCGGAACCUACAAAACCCAGAUCCACCUUCCCUCCGAUUUCAACACCUCCAAGCCUUCUCAACUCUGCUUAGGAUCUACCUGCGGCGGCUUAGGUUCGGUGGCGAUUAACGAUACCACUGCUCAAGGUUUCGAUACCUCAGUACCUAUAAUCGAUACCACGGAUCUGUUCCGCCCUGGAGCCAAUGAAGUGACAGUGAAGGUGUCGACUUCUCUGAAUAAUCGUCUCCUGAGUCGAGGAUACUACGACAGCGGGCAUGGCCCCUUCCUCGGGGGGGACUUCGACCCCAAGUAUCCUGCUCAUGCGCCUCGUGACUACGGCCUUCUUGGACCCGUCGAAGUGAAGUACACAACGUAGAAUUUUCGAGUGGUUAGAGAUUUUAGCGAGUUCUGCCAAACGGAUUAAGCAGAGUGUCAGCUGGGGGACAAGUCCAUCGCCCCUAGAUCUGUACCAAUCCCGCAGACAACCCGUCGGUCU